GUAAAUAUCGUUGCUGUGUUAAAUGCAAUACAUUUUCUUAAAUGGUUUUAAAAACUCAGCUUUAUUGUGAUGUCCUUAUAAUGAAAUUGUGAAUUACGCGGGCUCGGGUAGACAGCAAGAUAUGUCAUCAUUAGUUUAUUGUAAAAGGUAACCGAGUGGCUGUAAUGUCCUCGUUAUCGUUCUCGGCAACGAGAAAUGGAUGCACAGCAGUGCAAAUCACUUCAAAAGUUUGACGAUCCGAAAACGGAAAUUUUGAAAAAAAGAUUAUUAAAUUCGGUGAACACGUCGAUCGAGCCGAGCAUAAAUCAGAAUAAUCCUCAGCAUAAUGUGCUACUAAACGCAUUACGUGCACCAAUAUCGAGCAGUAUGAUCGUGUCCUCGAUGCAAGCGCCGCAGAGCUCUAUGCCUUUAACACACAAUUUAGUCACACAUUCUUUGGCUCCAGUUAAAAUUCACACAAAUAACUCUCCUUAUCCUCUGCAGUUAUCCACUGUUCACGUACCAGUGCAGAUUCCUGGCUCUACAUCAAAUAUCAAUGUUCCUGUGCAGUUGUCUACAACUUCUAGUACAGUUCCUUUGCAAAUAGGACCUACUGGUCUCCCAAUACAAGUUUCUGGAACAACUAAUGUUCCCGUUCAACUUCCAGCUGGUGAAACAAUCAAUGUUCCAUUGCAGCUUCCAACUGGAAGUCAGAACAUUCAGCUGACUGGCUCAACAUUGCCUUCUAUGCCUUUGUUGCAAAACAAUCAAUCUAUACAAAGUUCUAUAAUUCACGUCCAUAUGGGAUCUAAUCAAAGGCAGUCAAAUAUGGAUUCAGGUACUGAUCUAACAGUGACCGCUUCUUCUCAAGUUCAGAUGCCAGACUCAACAGGUGUUCAAGUGAAAAUGAAUACCACAACAGGAUCUCAAGUGCACAUAGCACCCAAUCCUGGUAUAGUCCAAAUCCCCAACACUACAAAUAGUUCAAUACAACUUAGAAAUUCUGCUAGGCCAAUGCCACAUGUUGUGUACAUUCAAACACCAAAUGGCUUAAAGCCUGUGACAAGUACCGACAUGAUAAGUCAGGCGAGCACCAGUGGAAAUCCACCACAAAUCAUUGUAAGAAGACCAGUAACAAACAAUUCAAACAUACAUUUGAUAUCCAACGUAAAUAACAAGCCAAACUUGGCCCCUAAAGCAUCAAAUCAGAAUAAAUCUUCAAUACUGGCUCCAGUAAAUGCCAGUCAGCCUAUUGUUAUACAAAAACCUAAAAAUGAAAAAAUGAUCGUACCAGUCAGCAUAGCGCCAAACAUACCUAGCAAACAGGCCAUCGCUUAUUUGGGUUCUGUGAAAAAAUCGAACCAAAAACCAGUCAAUGAAAAUCAGUCCAUCUUAAUAUCGAAUAACCAGACAAAUGCCAACAAUUCAAACCAAAAAUUAUUUUUGACGCCGAUGCCGAAAAUUCCGAAUACAAAAUUUAUUUUACCAGUUACUUUACCUGCGACUAUGGCUUCUAAGGGACCCAUCAUUAAUCUCCAGAUAGCUAACGGGCAAAUACAGAAUGAUCCCCAAGGCAACAUCACUGUUAUGCGCGAUACUAUAGAUGCCACAGAAAUGCCUCCACUUCAGCCUUUAGGCAAAUCUAGUUCUAUGAAUGGCAAAGAUAAUGCCAUACCUCUAAGUCCCAAGGGAGAAAAGCCUUUCGCGAUAUCCAUUCCUGGAUCUAGGGCGGAACCUACUGGCGAACAAGGCGAAUAUUGUCUGUCUAUACCGGAGACGAAUGCAUCCCUUAAUGACGAUAUUUAUACUGUUUCAAUAACAGAUGAAGACGGAGCGCACAGAGAAAAAUCCUUCACAUUGGCCAUACCAGAAAAAGGAAAAAGCUUAUUAAACAGAAAUAUUAUUGAUAGGAAUGAUCUUGCUCCUGUAACUGUUGCAGCUCCUGCUAUUUUGAGACGUUCGAAUUCUGAUAAUAGCGAUCGAAAAACCUCCAACGCCAAUCUGAAGAGACGUAUAUCACUUUGCACUGACAACAUGUCUAGUAAAAAUGUGCUUUUAAAUUUGUCCUUACAAAAACCAAUUACGAAAUCUGAGGAUGAAACAGAAAAUAAUGAUGAUCACCGUGUACCUUCAUUGUUCUGUGAUGAGAAACUAGAAAAAGAUCUGGACACCAAGAAUAUGGGAGAUUCAGAUAGUGAUGAAUACAAAGUAAAAAUUGAGACCCUGAAAAGAAAUUCCGAAGGAUACUAUGAAAAGCUUGAGGAAUAUGUCGAUCCUCCGAGAAUUAAACAAGAGAAUGAGAUGUUAGAAGAGGAUCCACCUGGACUAAUUUGGAAUAACGGCAUAGCUACCCUACAAGGCAGCAACUUACAAUUUCGCGCCAACGAAUUCGGCAUCAUUGAUUUAAUAAGUGUUUUGAACCAUGAGGAAAGUAAUGGUACUUGUUCUAAAUAUCAAUCGCCAAUGAAAAGGCAACAGGAUAAGAAACCUAAUUCUCCUGAGGACAUGUUCUGCUGUGAUGGCUGUGGUUGUCACGGAAUGGCGGCAGAUUUUAUUACUCCGAACUUUUGUAGUGUUACUUGCCAGAAUGAAGUCCAAAAGGUACUGCAAAAGAAAAGGGAUCGUGAGCGAACUGAACUGCUCCGCAAACGAAAUAAAAUAAAAAAGUUACUUAUGAAGAAACAGUUGUCUGAUUCGGAUAUUCCAGCUGACGGUAAAGACGACAAAGUGCCGUUGAAACAUUACGAUUCUAUGCCAUCUACGAACCUGUCGGAAUCAUCUCUGCUAAAGAUGUCGGACGAGGCUGUCGAAAACGAAAAAUACCCUUGGAUGUGUGGAAAGAACGGGUUCUCAUGGAUGCGUUACUUAGAAGUGUGUAAGGCAAAGGCCGCACCCGUGAAAUUAUUCAAAAAUCCAUUCCCAUUAAACAAGAACGGUUUCAGAGUAGGUAUGAGAAUGGAAGCUAUAGAUCCUCAGCACCCGUCGUCGUUCUGUGUGGUGUCCGUGGCGGAGGUCCAAGGCUACAGAAUGAGAUUACAUUUUGACGAAUAUCCUGAUGUUUACGAUUUCUGGGUGAAUGCCGAUUCUAUAAACAUAUUCCCGCCGGGCUGGUGCGACAAGAACGGACGUCCUUUGAAGCCGCCUGCCACCUACACGUCCACUGCGUUCUCGUGGCCACUCUACUUGAAGCAGAUACGAGCUGUUGCAGCACCACGGCAGCUUUUCCAGCAUGUCACCAACUCUAUCUUCAAACCAAACUGCUUCCGUAUCGGCAUGAAGUUGGAAGCCGAAGACAGGAAGAAUGAUCUAGUCUGCGUUGCAACAGUUGCUGACACCUUGGACCAUCGGAUACUUGUCAACUUUGACAGCUGGGAUGAGAUGUACGACUACUGGGUGGAGCUAAACUCCCCAUACAUACACCCCGUGGGCUGGGCUGAGCUGAAUGGAGUGUCCCUUACGCCACCUAAUUUUUACAAAGAUCCUGACACAUUUUCAUGGGAGAGCUACCUAGCAGAAACUGGUUCCUCUGAAGCACCACCUCGAGCCUUUAAACACCGUUUACCUCAAGGAUUUGAACCGGGCAUGAAACUAGAAGUAGUUGAUAAAAGGGUGCCAUUCCUGAUCCGUGUCGCCACGAUAACGGCAGUGAAACGUCACCAAGUUCGAGUAUCGUUCGAUGGUUGGCCCGACGACUUGUCUUAUUGGUUAGAUGACGAUUCACCCGAUUUGCACCCGGUAGGAUGGUGCCUUAAGACCGGACACCCACUCGAGCCACCACUCAGUCCGGAAGAGCUAAGUAUGAGAGGUCCGUGCGGCGUCGGCGGCUGCCGCGGGCUGGGCUCGGCGCACGGCGGCGCCCACAAGCAGCACGUGUCGGCGCACGCCUGUCCCUACGCGCGCCCCGCCGCCCUGCACGCGCCCCGCACCCCGCGCACACCCGACCUCGUGCUGCCCAGGGAGAGGAGGGUUCUAGGGAAACCAUUAAAGUCGAGACCUGCUAGCAGUCUGAACAACAACGCACCCAAAGAUAGGCCACGCGGAAGACCGCCAAAACACAAGCGGGUUGAAGAAGUUGUGAAGAAUGAUCCGAUGUCUGAUGAGGAUUCGAUAGCGAGUAGCGGUUGCAAGCGAUGGCGCGGCACGAACCAGGACAGCGAGUCCACGUGCCGCUCCCCCGCGCCCGCACUCACACCCGCACUCACGCCCGCACAUGCUGUACGGAUCAACGCGCAUCUCACGCAGCUGGCUCUACCAGCCGACCCUGCGCUCUGGACGCAGGAAGAAGUUUCGGCUUUAGUGGCGCGAGUGGCAGGAAAUACUGCAGGUGCUGCCACUGCAGCUGCUCAGAUGGGUGGUGCUGAGCUUGUGAUGGCCUCAAGGGAAGAACUUGUCGCCUGUCUUAAACUUCGACUAGGGCCAGCAGUCAAACUGUACGCAGUGCUCUUGCAACUUCGUCAGAUAUGUUCGGCUUUACCUUCGUGACCGAACACGUGUGUAAUCAUGACUAUGUAAUGUGUCAAUGUGGCACAAUGAACUGUGCUCCCCGUGAUCAGUGGUAUAUUGUAUGUGAUUGUCUUUUAUGUUGAAAUAACUAUUUUUCAUCAAUUUUCUAUUUUACCAAUAUUAAAAUGUUGAGCAAUACUGUGGACGUAUCAUAAGACAAUGAUUCUCGAGUUAAUGAUAUUAAUGCAUUGGAAAUUUAUUGCAAGUUACAAGAGAGACAAGUUGUUGAGAGAGACAAUAUGUGUCAAUAAUUGGUUACCAGUUAGUGCUUUAACAGCGUUUCUGUAGUUAUUGAAAGAAUACAAAAAGAAAAGUGCGUGAUUAUGUUUAUUAACUAAUUUGUUUUUGGACACAAAAAUAGUGAAAUGUAGAGUAUUUUUCUUAUCAUUUUGAUUGAGACAACAUUGUUUGAAAGCUAUGCUAUGCUAUUCAAAUUCAAUACAAUCUCAUUGUGACAAUAAAAGUAAAAACAAAAUAAAAGGUGUUGUGAAGUGACGUACGUACAAAGUAUUCAAUCAGUGUUUUAUAAAAUAAAUUCUAUAUUUUGAUGUCUGAAGUGAUGGUUGAAAAUCUAUGAUAAAAAAUAAACUUUAGUGGAAGAAAAAUCUGUGCUAAAGGGAAUAUAAUGGACUUAAUAUAUUUAAUUUAUUCAUAGUAUGAGUUUAUGUAAGUCAUUUGAUUUUUUUAAAGGACUUUUGUUUAUUUAUUAAGAUACAGUUUAAGUUCAGCAAUAUUUUUCGAGGCUAUAAAUAAGCACGCUUUUAUUUUAUGUUUGAAUUAACCUUUAAGUUAGAUUUAAUUAUUUAAUGUGAACUUAUGUUGGUGCAUAUAAAUUUGACAGUGUUGUUAUCAAUGUUAAUGAAAGGCCUACCAAAAUAAUAUUAUAUAGGAUGUUCUUAAUCGUUUAGUCAAGAGAAAUCAUUUUCAACUAAUACAUUUCUUUGCUCUUUCAUAAAUUAGUUGUAUGUAUCCACAUAUAAUCCUAUAAGUCUCUCCAAAGAAGUGUCUAAUGCACACACACCAGUAUGUACCUACUUUUAUAUAUUACACAAUUUUCUUCAUAAUCUUAACAUAAAUACAGACCAGUUUGGUAUUCAGAAAUUUGAAAAAAAAUCAGAUGUUCAAGUAACAUUAUCAAAAUACAAUAAAAAAUAUUCUGUAUUCAAUUUUUAAACUUGACAGCAUAAUGUGUACUCUAGAUUCUAGUAUAGGUUUAACUCAUUUACUAAAAACCUUCGCAGUUAUAUUAUGCUAAAGAAUAUUUUUUGUCGACUUUAUCGAACGUUUUCGUAACUUCACGAGCAAAAACCAGGUGAUUCCGGACACGAUUGUUCAAUUUUGUGCACCCAAUGUCAUAUAAUAUCAACAACUACCCAAUAAUCAACAUAAACAUUAGCUCCGGUGAGAGGCUUUAGCUCUUGAUUGAUGGUUCAUUUUAAGGUAGUAUUCCGAUGUUGGCGACCAGGGCGACAGGCGACCGCUACCCUGGUCGGCUGUCGCCUGACGACCAGUGGCAUUCCGAUGUCAGCGACCGUGACCGACGGCCAGUCUGUCCGCAGUUUUUAUUGCAUACAGUUGUGUUCUAGUGCUCAGUACAAUUAUGUCGGAAAAUUUGUCUGCAACUAGGAAAAGAGCUAGAUGAUACACACAUUGUUGUUUGCCUUGCUUUCGGAAACAAGAGUUUUGCCAAUUUCUUCACAAAUAUUGUCUCGAAUAACAUUAUCUCGAUAUGAGCGGAGUGUCGAAUCGUAUAUAGGUGGUUUUUAGACACUACAUCUAUUAAUAAUUCGUCAUCAUGUGUGGAAAAUGAUGCCAUUUUGACGUACAACGUGGCGGGUCGCGCGGCGGCACUGCUCCAGUAGCAGUAGCGUCGCGCGACCACGGUCGCUUGCUAGCCACGCCCACAGGUCGCGCGACCGGGUCGCUUGUGUUGUUUAGGGUUCCAUAUAAAUUCAUACUAAGCAGUAAGUCGCGCGACCCGGUCGCGGUCGCCAACAUCUGAACGCUACCAUUACGAUACACUAUGUCGUUACUAUACAGGGUGUAAAGAAGCCAACAUUGAAAUAAACCACAAAUCUAACAUGAACGAAAAACAAUAUUGAUUGAUUGAAAUAAUAACAUUUAUUAAUCGCUCUGAUAAUCUCUGUUAAACAACCCAGAAUAGGGUAUGAAGGUAGCUAAUUGGCAGGCACACUCGCGAUACUUUGGAGGCGGUACAUUUGGCACCUCAUGAGUUGAAUAUGCGCAUCUAACUGCACUGCUACAAAAAAUAGUCAAAUAUUAUUUGUAACAAUCUUCCAAAUCGCAUUGUCUGCCGCCUCAUUUUUAUAUAAUAUGCUUCUAAAAUAUCCUGUAUAAAUUUAAAUGAAAAAAUUAGGAAUUUUGGUUCCUUUUCACCUAUAUCAACUGUACAACUAUAUCAAAAUUUCUGUUUGGUUCAUGGUUUUGCCGUCCUAUAAGUAAACACACAUAUCCUUAGUCGGUAUGAUUUUUUUAAAUUAUAAAUUUUAAUAUCAUGACAAAAAUUUUAAAUCGAAUCUAAACAUGACUUUGAAUGUAAUUGAAAACGACCAAAAAAUAAUUUACAAUUUAAAAGUCAUAUAAUAUACCUUUUCUGACAAAAAUUCAAAUUAGUAAAUAGACUAGUGCUUUGAUGAGAUAAAAUCCCUUUAUCAUGGUUUCAUGAAAUCGUUUAACAAAAAUUAUGCCUUUUGCGAUAUAAUUAUAAUCCAAUUUCAAAAUCAAUUAAAUCCAAUUUUAGUGUAAACGUGACUGAGCACAAAUCAUGCUUUAAAUUGGGGUUGUGAUUAGUUUUGACGGUGCGACGGUAUCGCGAUAUUGUAUGUCCUUAAAUGUAAGCCUGUUCAAUAUUGAAUACAACAAAUCCUCAAUGGAACGCUAUUUGGUCUGAUUUCCUGUUCUUGCUGAUCAUUUAGUUAGUAAUAUGACUACUCGACUCUUAAAGUACUUGAGACCCAGUUUGUCUCAAAUAUCGUUUGGAGAUAUUCUAAACUGAUUAUGUUCAAGCGAGUCACUCCCUUAUUUCAUGCUGGGAUAGUCUCGUGUAAGUCUCACACUUAUACCCUUAAGGGUCUUUCGUGUCAUCCCCGAGUUCUACAUCACAAGUCUUAAUGUUGCUCACGUGAGUUAAUAUCAAAGUUUUUGAGCCUAAAGACAUCUUAGUCUGGAUAACCUUGACUGUCCACUCUUAUACUUGCUGCUUAUUAGACGGAUCCACACCGGACGAUCCAAAAUGGAUCGGCGAUCCACGAUCCAAGAUCGUGAUGCGUGGAGCGUGGAUCAUUCUAGGUCGAUCCAACAGCAAUCUUUUGCGAUCCUGACGGGCUGCUCUAACACGCUCCUGCCGACCCAUACUGAAUCAGUUGAAUUUUGUCUGGCUAUGGAGUCACACGUGCAACGACGGCGACGAAUAGCUGUAGCAGCAGCAAGCUACAUUUUACUUGUAUAUUUACGGCAAAAAUUACGAAAACGAAAAACACACUAUUGGUUUAAAAUAAUUUUUAAAAACCGGUUGGAAUAUGGGACUCGUCUUUACAAAGAGUUAAUUGAUGAUGGAGCUGAAGCUAAUUUUGCACGAAUGACUGCAAAUCGAAACAUUUAUUCUCCCUAUAUAGGGAAAUUAAACGGAUACAUUGCGAAUCGUUCAUAACGGCGGAUCACGCGAUUCUAAGUCGUCCAGACCGCGCGCGUCAAGCGACUGAGGCCACUUUGUGCGUGACCAAAAAACCGACAAAUGGAUCGUCCGCGAUCGGAGCGCUUUGGAUCGUUCGGUGUGGAUCUGGCUAUUGAUACUUUUAACUUUCAAUAUCAAUAAAAAAGCCAACUUGUCUGACUGUGAAACAAACCUAUAACACAAACUAUGGUAAACUUCACCAGAACUGGUGAAGUUUAAUAAUUUAAUGUGAAGUUUACUAUAGUAAUAUUAAUAGGCAAUGAUGGUUGUAAUUAUUAUGACGUGUGUAUAAAAAGUAUUCGUGAUUCAUUAUAAACUUAUAAAAAGUACUGAAAAAUAUUUAACUAAAUGACUAAAAUCAUGCCGGAAAUAAAAAUCACAAUAUUCUCAAUGAUAAAGAAAAAUGAAAUAUUUUUUUGAAUAGUAAAAAUAUUCCUGGUUCAAUUUAAUAACGGUACAAUUCCUAUCGAGUCUCCUACGUCAUGACCCACUUUAUUAAAAAAUGAAAGUUUGGCCUUUAGCUUUCAGUAAAUGCUUUCCCCUCAGUGACCUCAAGGUAGAUGGACCUAGGAUAAAUUCAUGAAAUGCCUGACUGAGAAAUAUUUCGUCCCCACAUUACAACUUGUCAAAUGUAAUUCUUUUAAUUUUACCAUUUACCACUAAUAUAAUAAAUUGUUGACAGUUUGCUCUUUGGUGACCUUAAAUAUUAUAAGUAAUCUUAUUUCAAUUAUGUUUUGUUUCAAGUAAGACUGCCUACAUAAUGGAUUGUAGGAGAACAAGUAAGGAAACAAUUUAGUGUUAUACCUGUACAUAUUAAAUUUUAUAACCGUAUUCUUACGCCAAGUCGAUUGUAAUAUAAUAAUGUAUAUUAAAAAAUGGCAAAAAAUACGUAGUAUUCUAUUUUCAAUGGCCGCAAAAUACUUGUUCGUGUAUUAACAUUUUUUUGUUAAUUCUUAUGAAUUCAAUUAAUUUUACAGUUUUUAAGUGUUGGCGACUUUUUGUUAGUGCAUAAUGUUUUAAACUUAAUUUUAUGCCUAUGAAGUUAUCGCCAUAUUUACUAAUGAUAUUUAAAUACCAUGAGUCAUUUCGAAGUUGUUACCUAAAUAUUGUUAAAUGUAAAUAACUCAUAGGUUUCUCAAUAUAUUUUUACAAGCUGUAGUCAUGUACAUAUUAUGUAGUUAGAAAUAUAAGAGUUUUAUAUUCUAGCGUGGGGCGCGCCAUUUUAUUGUCGU